GUAGCCGUGGCGUUCGGGCGGGCGUUUCGUUUUGUCAAGUUUUGCUCCGAAGUUCGUGAGGUUUAUUUGUUUGCAAAUAACCUAAAAAGAAUACAAUAUAAAAUUGCAAUUUGGAACGAAUUUGGAUAAUUUAUUGAAUGUUUUGUGUAGAAUUUUAAGGUUUAUUCAGUGGUUUAAUUGCAUUAAAAUAGUUUGCUCCCUAAAAUGGCACCGACAGCGAAGAAUGCUUCGGAUGACACCGAUUCAGGGUCAGAUUCUGAUAGUGCAUCUACUGGCAGUCGCAGCAAGAGCCCUAGUCCUGCCCCCUCAGGGAAAGAGGGCAGUCAGUCUCGGUCUCCAUCAAGAAGCCCACAAAAAUCAGGAAGUGAAUCUCCAAAAUCAAACAAGUCAGCACGAUCUGGGCGUUCAAGGAAAUCAUCCAAUGCUUCAAAUGUUUCCCGAAGCAAGUCCAACUCUCCAGCAGGGUCUCAGAGAUCAGGCUCCGCUCACAGCAAUAAAUCUGGCUCAUCCAGUCCAAAGUCCAAUGCCAGUCCCAAAUCUAAUGCCAGUCCUAAGUCCAAUGCCAGCCCAAAGUCCACUGCUACAAAAUCACCAAGAGCCUCAAAAUCUAGGUCACGCUCAAGAAGCGGUUCAGGCAGUGCUCGAUCCCGUUCUGGCAGUCCAAAAUCUGGGCCACAAAGUCCAAAAUCCCGAUCACAGACUCCUAAAUCCAGGUCGCAAAGUCCCAAAUCACGGUCACAGAGUCCUAAAUCUCGCUCACAAAGUCCUAAAUCGAGGUCGCAAAGUCCAAAAUCUCGUUCACAGUCUCGUUCACCCAGUCCAAAAUCCCAAGGUGCGAAAAGCCGAUCGCGUAGUGGGAGUCCUAAGAGUAGGAAGUCCAGGUCAAGGUCUGGAAGUGCAUCAUCAAGGUCUAAAAGUCCUGCAAGGCCAGAUGUUGCUGACAGUAGGUCAAACUCUCCGAACCUUAUGAUUGAUGAUGGAGAGGCUAAGGAAAAGUCGAAAAGCAGAUCAAGAUCGGGUUCCAGACACUCAAAGUCAAGAUCAAGAAGUAAAUCAAAGUCCAAAAGUCGCUCAAGGUCACGGUCUAAAAGUUCUAAUGCCUCUGAAGGGGAUGCAGCGGACAAGAAAAAAAGGGCAGUUCUAUCAGACUCGGAGAGUGGUGGUGAGGAAUCCAAAAGUGCUAAACGUAAGAAGGGCUCCGACAGUGGGUCGGACACCAGCACCAAGCCUAGCAAGAAGAAGUCUAAACAAAUUGUUGACUCUGAUGACGACAAUCAAGAAAAAACUGAUACAGUGACAGCUGAUGCGCUAUUUGGUGACGCAUCGGACAUCAGCACUGAUAACGAAGCAGAAAAGGACAAGGGUUCAGAGAGAUCGCGGUCUAGAUCCAGAUCGCGGUCACGGUCCAGAAGUCGAAGCCGCGGACGAUCUGAUGACGAGAGACGCUCUGGUGAUGAAGGUAGAGGCAGUGGUGAUGAGCAAGCCAAAGACAAACCGGAAGAAGAAGAGGAAGUGGAAAUCCCCGAGACUCGUAUAGACGUGGACAUGCCCAAGAUUUGGACAGAGCUUGGCAAGGAGUUGCAUUUCGUCAAGUUGCCCAACUUCUUGUCAGUGGAGACCAGGCCUUAUGAUCCCAGCACGUAUGAGGACGAGAUUGAUGAAGAGGAGACUUUGGACGAGGAAGGAAGAGCUAGAUUAAAGCUGAAAGUGGAGAACACGAUGCGCUGGCGCACGGCGUUCGACAAGGAAGGCAACGCUAUAAAGGAGUCCAACGCGCGCAUGGUUAAGUGGUCCGACGGCAGCAUGUCACUGCAUCUCGGCUCCGAGAUAUUCGACGUUUACAAACAGCCUUUGCUUGGUGACCACAACCAUCUGUUCGUGCGUCAAGGCACAGGUCUUCAAGGGCAAGCAGUGUUCCGUACAAAGCUGUCCUUCAGGCCUCAUUCCACCGACUCGUUCACGCACAGAAAGAUGACACUUUCGGUCGCCGAUCGCUCUACGAAGACAUCCGCUAUCAAGAUCUUGUCGCAAGUUGGAAGCGAUCCUGAUGCUGAUAGGAAGUACCAGCUAAAGAAAGAGGAAAUGGAACUCCGUGCGGCCAUGCGUUCCCGAGCCUCCACUCGGCCUAAGCGCCGCGCCGGGGCCGCAAGCGGAGGGCGCGGCGCCGCCAGGCAUGACGACUCCGAGGACGAGGGCGGAGUCUCCCUCGCCGCCAUCAAGAACAAGUACAAGGCUGGCCAGAAGGCGAGCGCCGGUGCUGCCAUCUACUCGUCCGAAUCGGAGGGUUCGGACGUGGAAACGCGUCGCGCGCGGCGCCUCGACCGUGCCAAGGCGCUCAAGGACUCGGACGACGAAGGCAGUGACGCGGGCGAGGAAAACACGCCCCAGAAGAGCCAGAGCGACUCCGGCUCGCACAGCGGCAGUGAAUAGACCUAACUACAUAUUACCACUCGACGACCUACGCAGAGACGCGUUACGCGGCGCCUCGACCGUGCCAAGGCACUCGAGUACUCGGACGACUAGGGCUGCAAAUCGCCCGAUAAAACACUCAGGUUGAAAUCUAUAGAGCGAACUUUGACUUUGCUUAGACUUAAGUUUCAGUUAAAACGAGACAGAUUUAUGCCAGCGGUAUAACGAUGUCUCGUUUUAACAGUGGCUUAAGUCUGAGCAAAGUCAAAGUGCGCUCUUUAGUUCUCAGCCUCAGAGAGAAUUUGUUUUCAAAUGUAUUAUAUUAUAUUAAUGAUAUAGCUAAGAUUCUUGUAAAUAGUACUAAAUAGUUAUUGGAAUAAAAAUAAGUUAAAA